AUGUCUGAAUCAUAUAAUCGUCUGCCCUUUCCAACCUCGUCCGAAGAGUUUGCACUCCCAUCAACGUCGAGCGUGGUAUCUUCUACAUCAGCCGACGAUGGACUGCCGAAUCCACUGUUUUUGAGACUGCGACGACCGACAUUACUCAACAAGUCAUCGUACUAUUCAGACAAAAGGAUACAAAGUCCGUUGGCAAUUUCGUUCACCGUGGCCUCCAGAAGACGAGGGAGUAAUGGCGAAGAAUCGGAAAGUGACCGAGAGAGAAUGUGGUCUGAAAGCUCUCCAUCAAGCAGCUCAGGAAAUCCAACACCCCCAAUUACUCUUCCACUAGAAGGAGAUGACGAAAGCAACGCUAGCACACGCAGUGGUGGGCCCAGUCCCUCAACACCGCCGCCAAGUCGCAAUCUGAGCACAAAUGCACUACCAGCCAAUGCUGGAGACACGCCUAUCCCAAUAUUGCGCCGUCCUACUUAUCCACUGAAGCCUGCGCGCAUAUUGAAUCUGCUAGCAGAACCACGUCCAGAAGAGGACGAACUUCAGUCUGAGGCAGCUUUCCAACGCCUGUUGGCAUCGCACUCCGACCUCCCCUCGCAACCCCGUACACCUCGUGCACCCUCAGACCGUGGUCGCUAUCCUGAAGAAGUGGGCCACGAGGAUUCGCACGAGGAUCCUUUGAGUGACGAUGACGACGACGAUGUCCAGGGCCUUUUUGCCUUUGAUAUACAGAACGAAACAAACAACGUCAAGCCCUGUACCCCUGCUCAGAGUGUAAAUGGGGAUGAUUUGAACAUGUCCCUGGCAGAAAGCCCGAUGGGAGUGGCUAUGGAUGUAGAUCCCCCUAUGGUAUCUCCCUCCAUCAUUUCCACGCCCAUGUCUAUUCAAUGGCGAUACACGCCACCACCAACCACAAGCGCGGUGCGCUCGAACAAACGUAAAUUGGACGACAGAUAUGAUCCAUAUCCUACAUCUGCGAAACGCCGUGCUGUAUCGCCUUCCAUAUCAUACUUGCGAGAAACACACCCCUCACUCGUGUCGUACCCUCGGACACCUAGUUCCAGGCCUCCAGUCCCGAUUCCUCUUUCUAUCCCUCCAUCCAAUUCUAGUACUUCAGCCACCUCAUCACCCACCGUCACGUCCGGUUACCCUUUCCAAACUUAUCCGAGUUCACGGCAGGUAAACCUGGGAACCAUGAGCUUAUCUUCUAGCCCUGUACUUCGGCCUUCUUUAGGGCUUGUGAGUCCGAUUUUACGGCCGAUUCUGCGGACGCGGAGAGGAGCUGAUGGCGAGGAAAGGGAGAUCGAAGGCGCAGGCGAAGCCGUGAAUGGAUUAUCACUGGGCUGA